AUGUCGUUCAUCGAAAGGUUGAGCUUGCCAUCCGUGGAAGUGGCUGGGAAGCUCGACGUUCGUAGUUUCAACAUUGGACAGCCCGUCCCAGUGAUUAAGGCGAUUCCUCAACUGGAGAAGAUCGAGGAGGCCAUAGAAGCAAUCGAAAACAAGAGCAACAAGGCGCUGCUUGCUCGGUGGGAGGACUAUGGGUUUGCCACGUACGGGCAAUUGACGCUCAUGGCUCGAGUGAUCAAGGCACGAAACAACUUCAAGUUAGUCGAAGAUACGAUGAAGUGGAUUGACUCCUUGGCGUUUCGAGUUGCCAGUAUUGUGCCGCCGUUCAAAGACAUGGAGGACGUGACUAAGCAAGCAGUAGACGAGCUGAACCUGGGGCGGUGGUACGUUGGCCGACAUGAACAAAAUGGCUGUGAAUUCCUGGAUUUUCGAGAGAAGCUCUGGCUGCACUCGGGGUCUAUCAUCGGUGGCCUUUUGGCACUCCAAUCCGAGUAUUUGGAUGUUGCCAUUGCCAACCCUCGCUUUCACGACUUUGAUGAUGCUGAUCAGAAGAUGCGCACAGCAAAAGGAUAUGGCGCUGCGAAUGCCAGGGCCAAGUUCGUCAUCAGCGUGAUUAACUUGGGGCACCACUGGGGUACAUUUUUCGUGGAUACGGAGACGAAAAUCUACUACCUGUUUGACCCCAUGCAGCUGACUAGCAAUUUGUCCGCGCUGAAGGAAGCAGUUCUCACUGUGGUUAAGAAGAUGCUGGACAUGACCGACCAACUGGACUACCACGUCAUUACCCACUGCCAGCAGAGGGAUGGUACGUCGUGUGGCAUUUGGUGCUUGGACUCUCUGUACGAAGUGGUAGGCUACUUGAGGUUGCGCUACCUACGGAAGGUGAUUAGCUUGCAGCUUCAGCAGCCCCAGCAGGUUUAG